CGACUUCGAGCUGUGUACACGCGUUCUCAUUGCACAGCUCUAGCCAUUUUCACGCCACUUCUCUUUUAUCAUUACACUUUUGAUAGUGAUUAGUGUUAACUCUAGUACCGUGGCGGACUUCACCAGUUGAAAUUAGUGGGAACCAUGAUUAUUUGAUAGGCGCUCAUAGUGUACCGUAUAGUGCAGUGCUAGUGAUGUGUAUGUGAAGUUAGCAACCAUGUCUUCUAGAACGGGCCAACGUGGCCCAUCGUUGUCAACGAGCCAACGCAAGCAUAGGUCCAGAUCAGCACCGCGAUAUGACCUCGAGAAGAAACCGAAGAAGAAGGAAGCCUCGGGCACUAGUAGUCUGGUCUCCAUUCCCAAUAGCAUUAAGUUGACUAUGCUCAAUAGCGGCCUUAUUUCCUUCGACCGAGUGACCUUUAAGCCUGAGACUGAUGAAAAUGGCUCCGUGUCCGAGACGAUACCAGACAAGCCCGUGGAGCUGAAGAAUUUUCCGAAGCUGUGUGAGCAACGGCGCAAGUUCCAAGUCCUCUACAAGCUUGAGUUUCAGACGGCGACCAAGGUGGAGACACACGCUUGCCGACAUGCAACCAAAAAGACUAAUUUACACAAAAACCAGAACCAAAAAGUCAUUCCUUACGACUACAACCGAGUGGUGCUACAAACGGUAGAUCGCGAGCCAGAUUCCGACUACAUUAACGCUUCCUAUAUAGAUAGUAUAUUAAAACCAAACGCAUACAUAGUGACUCAGGGGCCAACAGAAGAGACGGUGGUGUCGUUUUGGCGAAUGAUUUGGCAAGAACGAGCCGCCGCCAUUGUUAUGCUUACCAAGACUUUUGACUUCAUUAAGGUCAUGUGUGUCCAGUAUUGGCCGGCCAGCAAAGACAAGGACGAAACCUAUGGCGACAUAAGUGUUGGAAUAGUUCAAGAAGAGGAAUUAGCUAAUUUUCACAUACGAACCUUUCGCCUUUAUAAAACUGAGAAAAAUGUGGUGAUAGAAGAGCGUUUUUUACUUCAAUUUCAUUAUACGCAGUGGCAUUCGCAUACAUGCCCAUUCGGUAAUGCCCUAUUGGAGUUUCGAAGGAGAGUCAGGGCCGUGGUUGGAAGAAGAUUAGCAUCCAGCACUGCAACGGGACCAAUGGUAGUACACUGCAAUGACGGUGGUGGUCGUUCAGGAGUAUACCUAGCUGUGGAUGCAAAUUUGGAAUUGGCUGAAGAAGAAGACUGUUUUGACGUCUUUGGCUUCUUAAAAAAGCUACGUCAAUCUAGAAAAGGACUUAUUGAAAAUGAGGAACAAUACAAAUUCGUGUACGACACACUGGAAGAACACGUGGUCUGCGGCGUGAGCUGGUUUCCCGUAUCGGAGUUGUCUCAGCGGCUGAAGCAAAAGUCUCAGAGAGAUCCCUCGACGAAGCUCAAUGAAUAUCAGAAAGAAUACCAACAAAUCUGUAAGCAAACACCAAGAUUCACGAUCGGUGAUUGCGCAGGUGGUCAUAGGGGAGAUAACAGAGAGAAGAACAGAGACGUUCUUGUUGUACCACCUGACAACUUUCGACCAUAUUUGACAUCGUUUCAAGGCAACAGCUUCACCGAUUACAUAAAUGCGGUUUUUGUAGACGGUUACACAAAACCUCGUGAAUACAUAGUGACUGAGUGGCCAUUAAUACGAACUCAAGGCGAGUUCUGGUCCCUCGUGUACGACUACGAGUGUGCAGCCGUUGUUGUUCUCUGUGUUCCUCCCAAAAACUCUCAACAGUAUCCUCCUUUCUGGCCUGAAGGACGACAUUCUAAGAAAUAUGGACCCGUCUUCACUAUCGAUCACGUCUCACACAACCAUUACACUAAUAUAAAAACUUGGAUAUUUAGAAUUAACAAGAAGAUCGUUUCACUAACAGAACUAAUGGCGGGUGUAAAAGCUCCCCCUAAAACAGUACAGCUGUUCCAGCUCACCUGCUGGCCAAUGGGCCACAAGGUCCCAUCUUCAACCAAUUCACUCGUGGAACUUAUGAACAUGGUUGAACGCUGGAGACAGAGGACUGACUAUGGGCCUGUCUGCGUUGUCUCGCCUGAUGGUCGAAGUCGAGCCGGCGUGUAUUGUGCAGCCAACGCUUGCAUAGAACAAGUCAUCCAACACGGUGAGGUGGACGUGUUUCAAGCCGUCAAGACUGUACGCCGACAUCGACCUCAGCUCGUCGAGAAUAUGACGGAAUAUAAAUAUUGCUACGACCUAGUUUUACACUACGUACUACACUAUUUAAAUAAAGAUAUGAAUGAGAAGAAGUGAGAGUGCGAGCUCAAAGACGAGCUCUGGUUCAUAGAGUUCGGGCGGGGACCUG